AUGGAAGCUAUCAAAAACGCAACCGGCCUGGGCUCAGCCUCAGCCCCAGAACACACCGAGGAACAAAAGAAGCAAAUCUACGACGGCCUCUCAGACGAGCAGAAGAAGAAGCAGACAUACACGGAAUGGGCCAAAGAAGCCUACAACGACCAAUACGAAAAAUGGAUGCCGUGGAUCGAAGACCAAUAUCUCAAAUGGUUCGGAACAGACAACAAAGCUUCCUACGCCACCAAAGACACCCUCAACAAGGCCAAAGUAACCGGUAUCCCACAAGUGGACCAGAUCCAAGACGACGUCCACAAUCUGAUCGGGAACCAAGUGGGAAAGAAUGGUCUCUUGGCGCCCAUUGGGAACUUGACGUCCAAAGAGGGCAUCAACCGAGCGGAGCGUGGAGGGAAGGAUGAUAGCGGCACGGGCUCGUACGGUGGUCCUGCAUCGAGUGUGACGGAUCCUGUGAUCCAGAAUGCUCAGGGCGCCGGGGCGGGCAUUGCGAACGGUGCGCAGAGUGCUGGGCAGGGUGUUGUCGGUGGUGCUCAGGCGGCUGGGGGUACACUGACAGAUGGCGUGAAAGGUGCGGGCGGAUAUGUGGGUGGGAUGUUGGGUGGUGGGAAGAAGGAGGAGGACAAGUGA